AACCUUCACUAAACCUACGGCCAGGUCCCAUCGCUCGCGGCGCUUCUCCUGCUGCCAUACAAGAAAGCGCGAUCUGCCGGCGCGCGGCUCGCACUUCCCUAACUUGCUUUCACACUGGUCUGGCCUGGUCUCACUUCCCUCCUCCAAUCGUCACUAUUUUGUCUCUGGAAUCGUCAGGGCCUUCUUUACACCUGCGGAAAGACCAUUUCUGCCUUGUUCACUUGCUGGCUGUCGUCUCCAAGUCCUACUCCGCCGACUCUUUGCACUAUUUUGGCACCGUGUCGCGCGCGCGCAAGCACUAGUUUGACUAUUCUGACAUUGCCAACGAUAUCACACCUGCCUGCCCACCUGCCUGACCCUCCCUCCCUCACCCGCGAACGCGAACGUCUCGUCGCGAUUCAAGACAGACGACCAACAUCAACAAUGGCGCAGCAGCCCCAGCAGGCGCCGCCUCAGCAGCAACAUCCACAGAGUCCGUCAAUGCCCCGGCAGUCUGAGGAUGGGCGAAACCAUCAGCAGUCUCAGCCUGCCUCUGCUUCUACUCCAACGUCCUCUGACCAUAGUGUACCUAUAGAUCCAGGCAUGUCGCAGCCCAGCGCGGCGUAUCAGUACCCUCCGCAGCAUCAGCAAUACCCACCUACGUCUCACGAGAUGCCUCCCCAAGGCUACUCCCACCCGAACGGUGCCAUGUAUGCACAGCCUCGCCCAGACUGGGGUGGCUACGGUGGUCAUGGCGCUCCGAUCACGCCCGGCGGCCACCCAGCUGUCUACGGGCACGCGCCCGGCCAUCAACGGCCAAGCCAGGUCUACUCAUUCGUCCCCAUCCCAGGCGCACAACAGCAUAAACGGCCCCGUAGACGAUAUGAGGAGAUCGAGCGCAUGUACAAAUGCGGUUACCAGGGCUGUGAGAAGGCGUACGGCACGCUCAACCAUUUGAACGCCCACGUCACAAUGCAGUCGCAUGGCUUGAAGAGAACACCAGAAGAAUUCAAAGAGAUUCGCAAAGAGUGGAAGGCCAGGAAGAAGGAGGAAGAGAACGCUCGCAAGGCAGAGGAAGAACGUCAGCGUCAGGCGGUUCAAGCACAGGUGCAGAACGGCGGCGAUCCUGAUGGCACGCCAACCUCAUACGCUCAAGGCCGAACCCAGGUCACCUUGCCACCGAUCGGCUAUACGCAAGGUGGACAAUACCAGGCCUCCCCGGUUCCUGUUACCCAGCAACCGAUGACCGAGUACCAGGGACACAUGUACCAGAACUACGGGCCCCCUCAGUCGCCAUACGGUCAAACCCCACAGAAUGUCCCAUACCAGCAGCGUAAGUCAUGGCCAUCUUUGGUUGUAUAAGUGCCUCGAGCUGACCUUUGGUAGCAAAUGGGCAACCCUCCCAGCAGCCACCGAGCCAUUAAAAGGCGACACGCAUACAUUCUGUUGCCUCGCCAUGUCAGACAUAAUUUUAUAGGCCUCGCGGCCGACCCUCGUUUUCUACCGGAUACCCUUGUUGUUGGUUAGAUGGGUGACAGAAAAGCGACGCCAUGU